AACUGCUCUCGGGCGGGAGCCGGCUCUUAUCGUUCACUUAAAAGAGCCGGCUCAAAGAACCGGCUCGUUCGCGUCCAACACAUCACUAGUGUCAGCUAGCUCUGAACAACAGCAGCUAACUUACAUCACUAACACGCAGUGAAGCAGAGACAGCAACUGUAAGGAUUGCCAUAUGGAUUCUCCUCGGCAAUCGAAGAACCUGAAUCGAGAGCCAAAGCGCAGUCAGAAUCAGUCGAGCGCUCCUCCUCAGAAAGAUGCCUAUGCCAGGCUCCUCAACCAGCACUGCAGCAGCAAGUUCAGUCUGUAUCUGGAGCAAUAUGCUAAGGACACAUCAUUUCAAAGGGAAGGAAAUGGGCCAAGCAUGAUGCUGCCCAAAGCCCAGAGUGAAAGGCAGAACAUACCACAGAGAAGAAGGGACCAAGCACCCAAUGAUUUCUCUGAUUCAAGUGACUUCUCCCCCUCCUCCAUGAAAAGCAAAGGAGAGGAGAGUUCGCUGUCUUUGUACAUGGAGAAACUAAGCACCCGCAGUGUUCAGCAGGACUGCGAAAGGAAGCAGGGUGUGUCUGACAGGCAGCGAUGGGGACAGAGGAGAGACACCGCCACCAGCCAAGACGGAGACGUCGAGUCUGGUGAGGAGCUCGGCUCUUUAAAACCCAACGACUCGAAGAAACACCAGAAGCAGCAGAAGAAAAGCAAAGACUCGAACAGAGAUGUUGCCUCGAAAGAUACUGAUUCUAUUGUUGGACGUCCCCAGUCCCCAAAGAAAGCCAGCACAAGUGGACAGGAGCAAGAGAAGAUGAAGAAGUCAAAGAAAAAAAGUGUCCCAAAGAACCCAGAAGAGGAGAAAAGCAGAGAUGGGGCAUUAAAAUGUGGGGUUGAUGCUCAGAUGUCAAGGCCCAAGUCUCCUCAUGGUAACGACAAAAAAAUGCAGCAGCCCAGAGCUUCAAGUGCCAAUUCUCCUGCUGACAAGAGAGGGAACAAAGGAGGCAGGGGAUCAAAGAAACAAGUGUUUGAAUGCUACAUGACAUUUGAGGAGGUUUCCCAUGGCCUCAAAAGAGGGGAACUCAUUCAGGGACCGUUGAGAAUCAACCCAAAGAAAUUCCAUGACGCUUUCGUCCCAUCUCCUGAUGACACACGGGAUAUAUUCCUGGAUGGGAUUGUAGCUCGCAACAGAGCACUGAACGGAGACGUAGUGGUGGUGCAACUCCUCCCUCGGGAGCAGUGGAAGGUUGUGAGGUCCGAUACUGACUGUGAGGGCGCCAGCGAGUCAGAUACCCAGAAAGAAAACACGGUGCAGAAGAAGAAGACAACAGAGCGCACGCCCAGGCCUGAUGUCAUUGUGGAAGACCAGAGUAGCGACCAGGAUGAAGUCAUCCGCAGAGUGCAGAAUGUCCCUGACAAAGGGGAACCUCUGGAAGACCCCUCAACCCCACGACCCAAUGGGGAAAUACUCCAAAAGACAGCGAAAGUUGUGUACAUCGUUGAAAGGAAACACUCAAGAGCUGUGACGGGCUUCCUGAAGUUCCUACCAGACAAGCCUUUUGCCAUGUUCUCCCCGGUGGACCACCGGGUGCCACGGAUUAACGUUCUCCUCGUUGACUGUCCCGAAGACUUUUGUUCCCGCCCGGGCGACUACGCCAACACCUUGUUCAUAUGUCGGAUCACCAACUGGGCAUCCGACAGCAACUUCGCAGAAGGGCAACUCGCUAAGACGCUGGGUCAGGCUGGAGAAAUCGAGCCGGAGACGGAGGGCAUCCUGAUAGAGUACGAAGUGGAUUUUUCUGAGUUCCCAGAUGAGGUGUUGGACUGUCUACCCAAGAACCUGCCCUGGACCAUCCCCCCCGAGGAGAUGAGCAAGAGGAGAGACCUGAGGAAGGAGUGUAUCUUCACCAUCGACCCCGCUACAGCCAGAGACCUGGACGAUGCUCUGUCCUGUAAACAACUCCCCGAUGGUAACUUUGAGAUGGGAGUCCACAUUGCUGAUGUGAGUUAUUUUGUGGGGGAGGACAACGCUCUGGAUGCCAUCGCCAGCCAAAGAGCGACUAGUGUGUACAUGGUUCAAAAGGUGAUCCCCAUGUUGCCCCGGCUGCUGUGUGAGGAGCUGUGCAGUCUGAAUCCUCUCACCGACAGACUCACCUUCUCUGUCAUUUGGAAAAUCACACCGGAGGGGAAGAUCCUGAGUGAGUGGUUUGGCCGCACAGUCAUCCGCUCCUGCGUGAAGCUGAGUUACGACCACGCUCAGAGCAUGAUCGAGGCACCUGACAAGAUGUUCUCCGCCGAGGAACUGCCACCUGCGGACCCCGAGCACCCCAUUGAUGAGAUCCAUCGGGCUGUGCUCAACCUGCACUCCAUCGCCAAGAACCUCCGCGCUCAGCGCUUCUCAGGAGGAGCCCUCAGACUGGACCAGUUGAAACUGUCUUUCACCCUGGACAAAGAGACCAUGAUGCCUCAAGGCUGCUAUGUUUACCAGUACAGAGACAGCAACAAGUUGGUGGAGGAGUUCAUGUUACUGGCUAACAUUGCCACAGCCCACCACAUCCACAAAAGAUUCCCUCAGCUGGCUAUGCUCAGACGCCACCCUCCACCCAAGGCCAAAAUGGUGGAUGAGCUGCAGGAGCUUUGUGACCAGUUGGGAAUCGACAUAGAUCUCUCCUCCGCGGGAGCGUUGCAUAAGAGUCUCAAUACUACUCUUGGUGACGAUGAGUACACCACUGCCAGAAGAGAAGUCCUCACCCACAUGUGCUCCAGACCCAUGCAGAUGGCGCUGUACUUCUGUACAGGUGAACUUAAUGACGUGAAGUUGUUUAAGCACUACGCCCUCAACGUUCCUCUCUACACUCACUUCACGUCACCCAUCAGACGCUACGCUGACAUCAUCGUCCACCGGCUUCUGGCUUCUUCACUGAAAUGUGGACCUAAUUUGGGGCUGUCAACCGUUGAAGUCCAAAAACAGGCAUCGCGCUGUAAUGACAGGAAGACUGUGUCCAAGAGAGUCCAGGAGCUCAGCUCUGAGCUCUUCUUUGGAGUGUUUGUGAAGGACUGUGGCCCUCUGGACUCUGAGGCCAUGGUGAUGGGGGUGCUGGAUCAGUCCUUCGAUGUGCUGGUUCUCCGAUACGGAGUGCAGAAACGAGUCUACUGCAAGUCUGUUGCCGGCCUGGACUCAUUCCGCCAUCGUAAGGUGGGGAAGAAAUCCGAGCUGACUCUGCUCUGGACACCAGAGGACCUGGAGAAAGCUCCAGUGGAGCAGGUAAUUUCAAUCUUCACGUUAGUGGAGGUGCAGCUCAAAGCGGACGGUGCGCCCAUGAAAUACAGCGCGGUGCUCAAGAGGCCCGAGGAGAACGAACCAUAAAUAAACUUAAAUGUGCCGUAGAGCGUAACAAACACUUAACGUACGGAGAUUUUGAAUUGCACAUUUUUAUUUUGUCGAUUGGUAGAAGAAGUAGUAGUUUAGAAGCAGUAUUACUGUUGUGAGCAGGAGAAUCACUGAUCAGGUCAGAGUCGGAUUUCAAUUGAAAUUCCCACUAAGUUCCUACUUGAAGGCCCAUUCCAGUGUUGUUUCUUCACGCUAUCUCAGUCAAUGCAAAUAACCCACACACACAUAUGCCCAUUUUCCAAGGUAUAUUUAUGUGUUAAGGAACUUUGCUUCCAACUUUCCUUUGGUUUUUAAUCAUAUCCAUAAUACAAGUCCACAUUUUCAGACAUGCAAUAUGAACCCAUAACAGGUAUAACACACAAAAAUAUACUUUCAUUAUAAAGAAAUUAAUAGGAAUAAUAGCCAUCAUGAAAGUAGAUUUCUUUUUUUUUAAUCUACCAUGGUAUGCUUUGGAAAAUGGUUGAAUGUGAUGUACAUUAAGUGGUUUAAAACAUGAUGUUUUAGCUUGAUGAUCUCACUAAUGGGCUCUAUUUUAUGCGAUCCAGUGGAUGGAUUUCAAGUCGAAUUGCGACCCAGGUCUGACGGUGAAAGAAAAAAAGGCAGCAAUUAUUUUAAUUUUGCUGUUGAUUUAUUGACCUUUAUGAGGACAGUUUUGAUGUGAUAUAUAACUGUUGUACACAGUCUAAUGUGUGAUAGCUGAUUUUCAGUUUAAUACCAAUAUAUUUGUGUUUACAAAGCAAUAGAGUAUACCACACUACUGACGUUUUAUUGGCUACGGUGGCUUGUAAUAUAACUUUGUUGAAGCUCAAACAGUAUAAAUGUAGCAGUAAUAGCUUAUAGUCAGACUACAUCAGAUUGACAGAAAUAGGUGUAUUAAUGUUUGCAUAUAGAGACAACAUAACAGCUACCACACGCCAUGCAGGACAUUUUACAUGUAUGUAUUUAUAGUGUUUUAUCACUUCAGGUGCUUCAUGUCACAGUCAUGAGGUGCAGCUCAUAGGACUUUUCAUUUGAUUUAAAUUCUUAAAAGCUCUCAUGGAUCUAACAUAUUAUUCCAGUCUAAACUGAGGCUCCAUUUUUCUGUAUUUAGUGUGCAAUGUAGACAGACAGGCUAAAGCAUAAUCAUUUCUCAACUCGUUGUUUUUAACACAAAACACAGAAAUGACUUGAAUUGCUGCUGAAAGCGGGUCGGUGGCCUUGAGAUCUUAAUGAAUUUCAUGUUGGCUCUUGUGCUUUGGAGCGCUUCCAACUGUUUGUGGAUUUAUUUUUUUUAAUUGAUUUGUGCAGCACAAACACUUUAUGGACCUCAUUAAUAACUGUGAAUUACAGCCUUAAUUUAAUCACACAAAGAUAAAAAACAUUUUUUUUAGUGAAGCUGCACAUUUUAAAACCUCCCUUUUUGCUGCAGUCAAUGUGCCUCUCUUUUAGUUCUCAGUGCCAUGUGGCGUCACGUAAAUCAGCUGCUACGUCUGCACAAUUUAGUUUAUUUUUUUAUUUCAAUUUUUUUUUUGACAGAUUGUUUUUAAGCUUGUGUCAGACUUUUUGAAAGACCGUUAGCUUAUAUUUUUAAGUUACUUUGUUUUACGUGGAACUGACAGUUUGUGACGUGAAGCUUUAAAUGUAUUUUAAACCAGCAAGCUAUAGUGCAAAACAACUGUACUGACAUAAGUAGGAUGUGUUUCUGUGAUUAGGAAUGUUAAAUUGUGACAUGUAACUUUGAUUCUGGCCAGUAUUCAAAGUGCAUUUGUACUCUACUAAACCACCAUACAGAGCAAUAGAUGUCCUUUAGGGAAAUAAAUGCAUACAUGAAUGACUCAAA